AUGGCAUUCAACCUCCAAGCUUUUCUCCAAAAAUCCGGGCGAUCACUGCGUGUUUGGAACCGCACACUGUCCAAAGCCUCUGAGCUAGAGUCUGUGGGAGCUGUAGUCGAAAAGAAUGGCCCUAAGGCAUUGGCAAAGGAAUGUGAUGUUUUGUUUUCGAUGAUGUUUGAUGAUGCCGCUUUGAAGCAGAUUUGUGACGAGGUCGCUGGCGCCCCGCCCAGGAAGGACUUGAUAUGGGUUGACUGCAGCACAGUCUACCCUGCCUCCACCAAGGAAGUAGCUGCAAAAAUGCAGAGCCAUGGAGUACGGUUUGCUGCCUGUCCAAUGUUUGGCAGACCGGAUGCUGCAAAGGCAAAAUUGCUUGUUGGAGCAUUCGCGGGAGAGGAAAACCUGAAGCUGGAUGUCCGUCCCUAUAUUGAAGCCAUGACCAGAGCCAUCAUUGAUGUUGGGACUGAGCCCCAUCUUGGCACUACGCAAAAGCUAUGCGGCAACUUCUUCAUCGCUUCAUGCAUCGAAAUGAUCUCCGAGGCUGUAACCCUUGCCGACAAGAGUGGAUUGUCGAGACAGAACGUCCUCGACUUUAUUAACACUAUGCUGCCAUGCCCUGUGAUUCAAGGCUACGGAACCCGAAUCUGCCAAGACAAUCUCGCGAUUUCUCCCAGCAACCCUGGUUUUCCAGUUAAAGGCGGUUUAAAGGAUGUCGGACUGAUGCGAAGACUCGCUGAUGAGACUUCCACCAAACUGCAUAUCGCCGACGUCAUGUACGAACAUUUGGAAAAACAGCUAGAGAAGGGGCACGGAGAUCUGGAUUGGGGUAGCGUAGUGUUGAGUGUUCGGGAGGAAUCCGGAUUACCUGGUGAAGUAGACAAGUGA